AUGGUGACCCCCUGCUCCACCAGCCCCGUGAGUCCCGCCGCCCGGGCUGGGAGGCGGGACGACCAGAACCUCCGUGCCCCGGUGAAGAAGAGCAGGCGCCCACGCCUCCGGAGGAAGCAGCCGCUGCAGCCGCUGAACCCGUGCCCGCUACCCGGAGACUCUGGCGUCUGCGACCUGUUCGAGUCCCCCAGCUCCGGCUCGGAUGGUGCAGACAGCCCCGCGGCGCGAAGCUGCAGCCCCCUACCCGGUCCUGCCCAGCAGCUGGUGCAGCUUGAUCUACAGACCUUCCGCGACUACGGUCAGAGCUGCUACGCCUUCCGCAAGGCGCGGGAAAGCCACUACCACCCGCGGGAGUCAUUGGCGCGGCAGCCACAAGUAACGGCGGAAUCCCGCUGUAAGCUGCUCAGCUGGCUAAUCCCCGUGCACCGCCGGUUCGGCCUCUCCUUCGAGUCGCUGUGCCUGACGGUGAACACUCUGGACCGCUUCCUUAUCACCACGCCUGUGGCUGCAGACUGCUUCCAGCUGCUCGGGGUCACGUCCCUGCUCAUCGCUUGCAAACAGGUGGAGGUGCACCCGCCGCUCGUGAAGCAGCUCCUGGCCCUGUGCUGCGGCGCCUUCUCCCGGCAGCAGCUCUGCAACCUCGAGUGCAUCGUGCUGCACAAACUGCACUUCAGCCUGGGCGCGCCGACCAUCAGCUUCUUCCUGGAGCAUUUCACGCACGCACGCGUGGAGGCCGGGCAGGCAGAGGUGUCCGAAGCCCUGGAAGCGCAAGCCCUGGCGCGCGGGGUGGCGGAGCUGAGCCUGGCUGACUACGCUUUCACCAGCUACACCCCCUCCCUGCUGGCCGUCUGUUGCCUGGCGCUGGCAGACCGUAUGCUGCAGCUCCCUCGCCCGAUGGACUUGCGCCUGGGCGGGCACCCCGAGGCGGCGCUGCAGGACUGCCUGAGCAAGCUGCAGCUACUGGUGGCCAUAAACAGAACGUCCCUGACUCACAUGCUGCCCCUCCAGAUCUGCGAGAAGUGCAGCCUGUCCCCGAGCUUGAAAUGA